AUGCGGCGGGAGGAAGUCGUGGGCGUGGUCGGCACUGCCCCAGCCAGGCGGUCUGGUGGGCUGAGGACAGGCACUGACAUGAGCUCCAGGCUUAUGGGUUUUCUGCUGGGCUUCGCCUCGGCUUCCUCGAUAGGCCUGUAUUAUUUCCAAGGCGUCACAGAAACGGCAUCUUCGCAGCUUCUGGAGAGUGUCGAGAAGUUACAGCGUGGGGCUGGCAAAAUCUCGUCCCAUCUAGAACGUCUGCAGGCUGUGGAGAAGGAGAUGGCGAGUCUGAAGGCGGGAAUGGCGGCGAGGGACGAUGUAGGGAAAGUCCGAGGGGAGAUGCGGAAACUGCAUGAGGGUCUUCACCUCGAGAUGCUGGAUCUGAGAGCGCAUGUCUGGGGGGUCGAGCAAGAUCUGGGGAAAGUGGUCAAGCAGGACUCUAUCAAUAUAUGA